UUAGUGUAUUUAGUGAAUGUCACUUUUUGACAUUUUCAAAUUUCCCGCUGUUCCGUCCCCGUACGUCCCGACGCUCGCAGGGGACGGAACCCAGAUGACAGAUGCCGGCAUCCGCCGGAGGACAUUGCCGGGGACACUGCAGGAGGGACAUCGCGGGGAGCGCAGGACAAGGUAAGUGAUCGAGGGAUCCCGGAGAAGUGCCGCAUGGUAUUCCCGAGUGUAGCUCGGGGUUACCGCUUGUGGUACUGAAACCUUACCCUGAGCUACACUUGGGAAUACCGCCAGGGAGGGACAUGAUUAAAAAAUUUCCAGAAUGGCUCAAAAACUUGAUGCGAAAACCGCUCCAACAC